UCCCUUUUAUUUGUUUGGUCUCAAAUAACAUCAACGGUGUCAACCUGCAUCUUCAAGUAACGUUUCUGAAAGUUUCUGAAAGUUUAAAUUAUGUGGAGGUUAAGUAGAGUUCGCUAUAAAGCUGGCCGAGCAGGCUUCAGCUUGGAAGAGUUCCGGUUAAAGAGGCGAGAGCACGAAAAAGCACUUCGUCAGGCCCGCCGAGACAGAGAACUGGUAAGCAAGAGACUCCUGCUGAAUGAAGAUGACGGGCAGCAAGAAACCAUCAUGGACACUUGUUCAGAUGAAAAGGAUGUUGUCAGUUUGUUACACAAAAUUCAACACGGUGGUCUAGAGAAGGAAGCCCAUCUUAAAACCUUGAGUAAAUCUCUCCGUGACCCGGCGUCUCAACUGGUCUUCAUCAAGCAAGAGAACAGUGUCCACAUGCUGAUCGGCCUCCUCACGGGCACCAACACUCUGUGUCGCCUGCAAUCUGUCCACUGUCUCCACGAGCUGUCUCACUCUCCUCACCCCAGCGUGGCCCCAGCCUGUCUGCCCGCCACACCCUACCUCCUCACCUAUCUAGCUGGACAAAGCACCAGGUUCACUGAGCUUUGCCUCUACACGCUUGGGAAUUUAUGCCCAGACAGUGAUGUCGUGAGAGAGAAACUUCUGGCUCAGGGAAUCAUAUCAGCCCUUGCCAGCUGUAUAGAGAACCAGAGGCAUAACAUGGCAGUGGUGGAAGCCGUCGGUUUCACCCUUUCACAACUUCUCCAGACCAAAGAAGCGUCAGGGAAAAUAAUCCCGUUGGUUCUGGCCUCUAGUUUACCUUCAAACCUUUUAGGAGUCCUGACACCCAACCAGAAUUUUUCACUGGGGCCUGCCAUUGAGUGUGCUUGGUGUCUGCACUACCUCACAUGCAGCCAUGUAAUCGUUAAUAAAGAUGUGACUCUCCUCUGCUGCUGUCUUCUGCAAAGUGGUGAGGAUCUCCAAGCUCUGUUGGCUUGCGGGGCUCUGUUGCAGUGCAGUAUGUUGUUAGUGUCGCUGGGUGACACUGUUGUUCAAGGAAACAAAGAAGAAGGACUCGAACUGCUCAUCUGUCCUCUGCUAAGGUGCGUAGGGAACCUCCUGUCUUCCUACACGCCAGACGAGGUUAGUGCUUGUUUGAGUGACGAAGGGCUCGUAGCUGCUCUGUGUGCUCUGCUUCAGGCUUACGUCCAGAGUCGACCCGCUUUGGCCAAAGAGAGUGCCUGGGUCCUCAACAAUCUCACAGCUCGAUCCAGUUUAUUGUGUUCGGCCUUGAUGAGCCUCAACUUGGUCCCGAGUUUGAUCCGCCUUCUGCCAUUCUGUCAAGGCAUCAACACAAUGAUCCUAAGAGUUUUAGCUAACGUGGCCCACAAGAAAAGGGAGUUCUGCAUCCAGCUGGCUGAGCUCGGAUUGCUGUCUUCACUCUCUGCCACACUUAAAAUGACAGCGCAAGAGGUGGUCAUCCUGAGUCUGGACAUCCUUUUCAUGCUCUUAGGUAGUGGUUCUCAAGUGGUGGAGGACUUUGUGAAGCAAGGUGGCAUUUCACUUCUAGAAACUUUGCAUUACUGCAGCGAAGGAGAUGUAAGGCGAAGGGCAGCGUACCUCCUGGAGCACCAUCUUCUGUCCUCCUCAUCGUACUCUGGCAACUGCAUCCCACAUUCUGGACAGCAAGUCUGAUGUGGCAAUGUCACAUUAAAUUCAAAUGCAUCAAAGACCCAUCUGAGAAAGGAAAAAAAACCUCCUGUGCAGCAGCCUUGUUGGCAGCUUUGCCCUGCCAGGCUGCAAGAGUGGACGCCUGCAGCGCACGGCCAUAGGAGAAGGCAAAACACUCACCCGGCACGGCUGCUGGCACGGUGCGCCUCAGAGCCGUCACGGUAGCCAUGGCGACCUCCUGAGGGGUGAACUUCUUGGUGCAGGAGUGUCCAGCGGUGACCAUGUUGGGCUUCAGCAGCGUUCCCUCCAGAUGACCUACCCACCUUCUCUGUGACAUACUGGCAUCUCUGCAGGUCAUGGACUCCAUCAGGAAGGAUCUCUGGCUCCACAAUAGGCACCAGUCCAUUCUAAUGAGAGAGAUGAAUGCGUUUCUAUUACCUCUGCCAAGGAAGACAUACACCACAUGCACUACUGGUCCAAGAAAUGUUUGACAUCUCUGACACAUUUUUAGAGAAUAAUGCACAAGUCUUUACACAAUUCAGGCAAAUACAGAAAUCUAGAAGGCUGCUGAUUCAUAUUAGCAUUGUUCAAAUUUCACUGAGUGCCAUUGUAGUACUUGCAAAUUGGGUGUCAUUUCUAUUGAGUGGGUGAUGCCAACCUGUUGACAAAUGCUGGCAUAUCUGGCCAGUACGUUGGCAUUCUCUGCGAUGGCAAGAGGUGUGGGGCAGCUGUCUGAGAUCUUCAGCACACACCUCCACUUGGCAAAGUCACAGCCGUCCUUCUUGUACUGGGCACAGCGCUCCGAGAGGCCAUCGAGACCUGUGGACAAAA